AGUGAGUUCAUUAAUUUCCCGUUACAUAUGUAUGUAAUAGACAUUAUUUAAUUAUACCUAGAGUUGGAUAAAAUCGUCGAGAAAAGCAAAAUAUUUUUAGAAAAAAAAAAUGUAAUUUUCUAAAAGGUAUCAAAAUGAUCAUUUUAUUAUAUGGGGCCGCACAGAUCAUGCUGUAUGCAAUACUGUCUUAAAUUAAUUACUAAUGGCUCAAACGAGAUGUUUGAACAUUUGAAUAUUUGGUCAGAUCGUCGAGGUAUUGUCUGACGUGGCCCUAUUAAAGUACACUAGUACCGGACAACGUUGUCCGACACUGCCCCACCGGAAUACACUAAUGCCGAGCAUAUUGUCCGACACGACCCCACCGGAAUACACUAGUGCCGAACACAUUAUCCGACACGGCCUCACCGAACACACUAGUUUCGGACAACAUUGUCCGACACGACCCCACUGGAAAACACUAAUGCCGAAUAUAUUGUCCGACAUGACCUCACCGGAAUACACUAGUGCCGAAUACGUUGUCCGACACGUCCUCACCGAAAUACGCUAAUGCCAAACACAUUUUCCAAAACUGCCCCACAGGAAUACACUACGACUGUACGUGCCGACGACAUUUUCCGACAGGCCCCCUCAGAACACAGUAGUAUCGGACUACAUUCCCUGACAGUGCUCGUAUGGAAAGGCAUAGAUUUAUAUCUCGGCAUUCAAUGUAUUAAUAUUUAAUUUUGGUGUUUAUUUACUUUUUUAUAGAAUAAUAUUUUUUAGGCGUUAUAAAAAAUUCUAAUUCUAAUACAGUAAUGAAUGAUAUCAAAUGUACAAUUUAUUUUAAAUCCUAAUGUAUACAUGUAAUAAUCAUAUUACUAGAUUUACUAGUUUGUCUUUUAUAUACAGAUGUAUAUUUUAUCUUUUAACCCAAAUGUUUAUAUUAUUUGAAAACAUCUAGACGUAUUCAUUAGAGAUUUAAACACAGUCCCAAGUAGUCGUUUGAUAAAAUCUUAGAUAAAAUAUAUUGAUAACUGUGUAGUCUUUUAAAAAUUCAGUUAUUAUAACAUUUAAUUAGUACCUAUCGCAGUAUUUGUAAACGUAAUAAAAAUGCCGAAACGACAGAGAUAUAAUAUCAACAACUCAGUACACUGGUUCAUGAACGAGCUGACGUCUCGUGUAGUAGCCGAGUCUGGAAAUCCUAACGACAGGUACCAUCUUGGGAAGGUCCUGUUGCAGAGCUUCAAGGACGAUCCUGACUUAGUGACAAUGAUCGAUGGAGGGACAGGAGAAUCGAUUACAAACAAAGAGGUUUUGGAGCGGUCGGUGCGCUGUGCCAACUCAUUGAAGAACUUGGGGUUGAAAACCGGUGACGUCAUAAUCCUGCUGGGUCCUAAUCAUAUAAAUAUAUCUAUUCCAUUUUAUGCUGGCUUGUACCUUGGAAUUGCGGUGGCACCUGUCGAUAGAACAUUUGGUGUCAGGGAACUGCAAGAAACAUUCAGGGCGGACGAGCCAAAAAUAGUAUUCUGUCAGAACGAAAAAGCCCAUGACGUGGACACGGCUCUCAAAGGCUUGAAUUUAGAUACGAAAAUAAUAACGUUCGACAAAGGAGAUUAUUGUAAUUUCUCCGAUUUCUUAAAACAAUAUGGCGGCGAAUCUAAAGUAGAAGAUUUCGAGGUUGCCAAUUUUGAUCCGAGCGAGACGAUUUCAUUUCUGGUAUCAACUAGUGGCACCACUGGUUUACCCAAGGCAGCAGUGGUGACACACAAGAAUGUAAUUUCAUCAUUCCCGUACAUAUGGAGUAAAUUUGACACUUUCCCGGCACCAACCAGACUAGCUGUAGUGGUUUCUCCUUUACAAUGGUUGACAGCUAUCGCAAUGUUUCUGAUGUCUCCAAUAUUCAGGUUCACAAGACUUCAGACUUCGCUUGCUUUGACGCAACAACACACAUACCACCUAAUAAAUACAUAUAGACCAUCCUUCUUGUUAAUAUCACCAACGUUCGCAGCUACGUUAUUUCGGCCUGGAGACCGGGACAAUUGUGAUUUUACUUGCUUUGACAUCAUUCUAAUAGGUGGCAGUGCAGUGCCACAGACCCUUAUAGAUGAAAUAAAGUCAAUAAUACCAGAGACGGAGGUGCUAAAUGUUUAUGGAUUAAGUGAAUUGAGUGGUGUUGGAUUGAUUCACCAUUUUGGUGAUAAUGCUCCACGAGGUUCUUCUGGACAACCAUUGGGGCAUACACAGUGCCGGUUGGUAAAUCAAGAUAAUGAAGAUAUAUUGGAACCAAACGUACCGGGAGAACUCUGGGUGAAAUCACUAGGAUUGUUCAAAGGAUACUACAACAAUCCUGUGGCAACAGCAGAAACUUUUAGCGAGGAUGGCUGGUUCAGAACUGGAGACUCCUUCUACAGAGAUGACAAUUGGAACUUUUACUUCACGGAGCGUAUUAAAUUAUUAUUAAAAUACAGAAAUAAUCAGAUAUCCCCGUUGGAAGUAGAAAAUGUGAUCCGGCAACACCCUGGCGUCUUUGAUGUGGCAGUAACCGGUAUACCAGAUCGCGAAUGCGGCGAUAUACCGGUCGCAUGCGUAGUUCCGAAACCAGGAGUUUCUGUAAAAGCGCAAGAAAUUAAGGACUUGGUAAAAGCAUCGCUAUCUGAUGAUAAACAACUGAGAGGAGGGGUGAUAUUUUUGAAUGAGUUACCCAUUAACGCCAAUACAAAGUUAAAUCGACGGAAACUAAAGGAAAUGGUCCUCGUUAUGGAAAGAGAGUGAAAUAAGCCAUCGUAUUAAAUAUUAUUGAGAAUUUUAAGUUAGUUAAAUAUGAAAUAAUUAUUUAAUUGUUCUUAUAGCUAUAUACAAUAGUUCAAUUAAAAAAAAAACAUAACUAUCUCUUUAUCAUGCACAAAAUAGGCAACAUACAGAAUCUAAAAGGUCGGCAGCGCACCUGCGAUGCUUCUGGUGUUGCGUGUGAUCAUGAGCUGCGGUGGUCACUUACCAUCAGGUGAGCGGCAUGCUCGUUUGUCCCCUGUGUUGUAAAAAAAAAUCGAUAUAGAUGGAAUUAAGGAAAGCAAAAAAAUAAUAGUGUUUAUAAAAGUAUUAAAAUAA